AUGUCUUCACACAAGACCAAGCCCUUUCCGUGCUAACUACGCCCCUUUCGCUUCGAAAAUCCGCCCACCGUGGCUGAAAACACACGGAUUGGUCCCGCCUCUUUCAGCUGUCAGUUUACUCCGCCCACUUGACAGAGCUCUCGCCUUAUCAUUUGUUCUUGGGCAAGUCGCUCACUAGGUGCCCGCCCCCUCCGGGAAGAGUUGGUUCAAUUCUGGAAGCGGCUGCUAGCUCCUGUCAGAACACGGGCGGGUGUCGGGCAGCGCGGGCUAAGCCUGUGAAAGAGUUGGGAUGGAGCCAGGCCGUGAUUGGAUGUGACCCCCCCUCACCCGGACUAAAGAUGGCGGGUGGUCCUAAAGCAUUGCCCCUAUGUAACAUGGCGGCGCACAGCCUCGGCUGGGUCCUGGCUCUGGUGCUUGUGGUGCUCUGCGGUUGCACGGGCAGCUCGUCCGCGGCCGGAGAGGACAGUGAGGAGACCGUCAUUAUAGGGCUGCGGCUGGAGGAUACUGACGAAGUCUCGGCCAUGCACGGCGGAGCUCUGCGGGUUAGUGAGCGGACUCGGGUCCGGUUGCGGGUUUACGGUCAGAACAUCAACAACGAGACGUGGUCCCGCAUCGCCUUCACAGAGCACGAGCGGAGCCGAAGCCAGAGCGGGGCCCCGGGGGAAGAGGAAGGUUUCCACCCCUGCGGUAUCCGCACCUCGGACAUCAUCAUCCUGCCUUUUAUUGUGCUGAGCCGCCGCAGCUCGGGCAUCGUGGAGAUCGAUAUCAAACCCCUGAGGAAGACUGAGAAGAGCAAGUCGUACUACCUGUGCACCUCCAUCUCCACUCCACCCAGUGGUGGCCACCCGCAGCCCUGGGCCGAGACCACCUGGAUCUAUCACGAUGGGGAGGACACCAAGGUGAUUGUGGUGGAAGAGAAGAAGUUCUUGUUGCCUUUUUGGCUUCAGGUCAUCUUCAUAGCCAUGUUGCUGGGCCUGUCCGGCAUGUUCAGUGGCCUCAACCUGGGACUCAUGGCCCUGGAUCCCAUGGAGCUGCGCAUUGUCCAGAACUGUGGCACCGAGAGAGAAAAGAACUACGCCAAACGCAUCGAACCCGUUCGUAGACAGGGCAACUACCUGCUCUGCUCCCUUCUGCUUGGCAAUGUCCUGGUCAACACCACAUUGACUAUCCUGUUGGACGACAUUGCUGGAUCUGGACUGGUGGCCGUGGUGGUGUCUACUAUAGGGAUCGUCAUCUUCGGAGAGAUUGCGCCACAGGCCAUCUGUUCCAGGCAUGGGCUCGCCGUCGGGGCCAACACUAUCUUCUUGACCAAAUUCUUCAUGAUGAUGACCUUUCCCGCUUCCUACCCGGUCAGCAAGCUGCUAGACUGUGUGCUGGGUCAGGAAAUAGGCACUGUCUACAACAGGGAGAAACUGUUGGAGAUGCUGAGGGUCACGGACCCCUACAAUGACCUGGUCAAAGAGGAACUCAAUAUCAUCCAGGGUGCCCUGGAACUGAGGACCAAAACUGUGGAGGAUGUGAUGACCCCUCUCCGAGACUGCUUCAUGAUGGCUGGGGAUGCAGUACUGGACUUUAACACGAUGUCCGAGAUCAUGGAAAGCGGCUACACCCGGAUACCUGUCUACGAAGGAGAGAGGUCCAACAUCGUGGACUUACUUUUUGUCAAGGACCUGGCAUUUGUGGACCCUGAUGACUGUACACCUCUAAAGACUAUCACCAGGUUCUACAACCACCCCCUGCACUUUGUUUUCAACGACACCAAGCUGGAUGCCAUGCUUGAGGAAUUCAAAAAAGGUAAAUCACACCUUGCUAUAGUGCAAAGGGUUAACAAUGAGGGAGAAGGGGAUCCAUUUUAUGAAGUGCUUGGCAUUGUUACCCUCGAAGAUGUGAUUGAAGAGAUCAUCAAAUCUGAGAUCUUGGAUGAAACAGACUUGUACACGGACAACAGGACGAAAAAGAAGGUAAUGCACCGGGAGAGGAAGCAGGACUUCUCUGCUUUUAAACAAACCGACAACGAGAUGAAGGUUAAAAUAUCACCACAGCUUCUCCUGGCAAUGCACCGUUUCCUAGCAACAGAAGUGGAUUCAUUUAGCCCCUCUCAGAUGUCAGAGAAAAUACUUCUAAGGCUGCUGAAACAUCCCAAUGUCAUCCAAGAGCUGAAGUUUGAUGACAAGAACAAGAAGUCUGCUGAAUACUACCUCUACCAGCGGAAUAAGCCCGUGGACUACUUUGUUCUUGUUUUGCAGGGGAAGGUAGAAGUGGAAGCGAGCAAGGAAGUCAUGAAGUUUGAAGCAGGUGCAUUUUCAUACUAUGGCGUAAUGGCUCUCACUGCAUCACCAGUUCCCUUGUCCCUGUCUCGUACCUUUGUUGUGAGCAGAACAGAAUCGUUAGCAGGUUCUCCAGCAGAGAAUAAAUCUCCACCCCGUCCAUGUGGAUUGAACCAUUCUGACUCGCUUAACAGAAGCGAUAGGAUUGAUGCAGUGACACCUACGCUGGGGAGCAGCAACAACCAGCUCAACGCCUCCUUCUUGCAAGUCUAUAUCCCUGAUUACUCUGUAAGAGCCAUAACAGACUUGCAGUUUGUCAAGAUCACAAGGCAGCAGUACCAGAAUGCGUUAAUGGCUUCACGUAUGGACAAAACGCCCCAAUCCUCAGACAGUGAAAACACUAAAAUAGACAUGACUCUUACUGAGCUACAUGACGGCUUAGCAGACGAAACAGCGAAUCUGUUAAACGAACAGAACUGUGUCACACACAACAAGUCCAAUCACAGUAUGCACAACGAAGGUCCAAUUUGAGAGGGUUCAGCCCAGCUCAUUGACAUUCAGGACUGUCCUCACUUCAUUCUCAAGCUUCCUUCACUGCAACUGCGAACAUCUUGAGUAAUAUGCCGAGUGCCACCCAGCACUCUGAGACCAAAGAUUCUGAGCCCAGCGGUGGCAGGAACCGAAGUGCUUAAAACAGGAGCAGGAGAGAGACAUCAGGAAUAAAGCAAAUAAUAGUAAUAAAUAAAAACUAGGGAUUGGUGAGUGAGACCAAAUCAUGAUCGAACUAAAGAAGACACCGUUUAUCCCCUUAUUAACUCAUGGCAUUUGCAAAAAAAAGAAAAUGUUAAUUGGUAAUGUUUUGAUAUCAGAACAAUCCUAAUGCAGCCAUCACUACUGCAGUAUUGUGAUUGAAUGGCAAAAACUCAGGCCUUAAAUACAUGCUAGCUUGGUUCUCAUAAACUCCAAAGUGACUGGCUUAUUUCACCUGAAAUUUCACUGGAAAUUUCAGCCAAAAAAAUAACCAUUUGGUGUUUAAAGAAUCAAAUAUCAUAGGGUAAUUAAUGGUUUCCCUUUCUUCCACCUCUUUGGAAGGUGUUUAUUCUUUAACAGUGGAAACCUGUAAGAGUACGGGUUGUUUUGCAGAAAAUUUAGUUUUUCCUUCCAGAAAUUAGAAGUCUUAUGUGUUAGGAUGUCCCUCUGUUUUAUACUUUCAAAUCUAGACCUAGAUGGAUACCAAAAUUCAUUUUUUGCUUGUAAUUCUGUUUAACUGACAUCCCUUGUACACUGAGCAAAUAUUAGACAUGCACCGAAUCCACUAUUUUAGAAUUCGAAUCCAGAAUCCUUUGUGAAAGAUUUGGCUGAAUACCGAACUACAUCUGAACCCUAAUUUGCAUAUGUAAAUUAGGGAAACUAGGGGGAAAGAGAGUAGAAAAAAAAAAAAAAGAGUAAAACAUAAUUGACUUUCUUGUCGAGGCAUUUGGAUUCGGCUUAAAAAAAAGAAUCUUGGUCAAAUCCCGAACCAAAUCCUGGAUUCGGUGCAUCCCUAGCAAACAUAAGAUACAGAUCUUAUCAUUUUUAACACUGGACGAACACAAAGAUAUGUCAGAUUUCAAAUCGUUUUCUGGAUUUUUUUUUCUUCCAGAAAACAAAUUGUAAUGUAAAUUUAAACAAAUAUAUAUAUGGAUCAUUAGGAUUUAGCAUGAACUAUCCAGCGCUGUUUGCAUUUGGGUACCAGAUUUUCCAGACUGAGAAAACGUAGCAAAAUUAUAAAAAAAAGAAAAAAUUACUUAUUUCCCGCCUGAUUCUUCCAUUCCCCAUCUUGAUAUUUGCCCUAGUAGCCCAGAACUGAGCUGAGUGUCAGUGCCUUAUGAUUAGGUGGUGAAUAUUCCCUUGUGUAAAGCUGGGGAUAAUGACCAAGAUCGUUGAGUGUUUUUAUUGUUCAGCUGUAGACAACUGUUUUACAACCGUACAAAGAACACAUUUUGUUGGCUUCUUAUUCAUUGUGCAAUUGUCCAAGUGAUCACCGAGCAUCAUAAAACACUAAACUAGAAUAUUUCUCCAAAUCAUCAACCACCCUGUGUGUGAUACAGCUAAAAAGUCACAGGGAAAGGGUUUACUCCAUAUCUGAGUAUGUUUGGUAUAAUCUGUUAUCAUGGCGUGUAAAUGAUCCAAUAGUUUUUGCUUUAGUUCUAUAUUUUUUAGAACCCGCAAUAUCAAUGCAAUUUCUGGAGAAAAGAAGUAUUUUAAUCCCCAAUGUUUGUUCUCUGUGCGAGUCUCUCCAAUAAUGUUAUCCAGCAGAUAAACAAAAAGGUGUUCUACGUUCAACAAAAAUAUUUCUAAUAUUUUUCUAGAAUAUGUUGUGUUUUAUGUACUUCAAUGAUGUUUUCAAUGCUGCUAUGUUAGCCAGUCUUAAUGAUGAUAUGUGUGCUACAGGUGAUGCCCCGCCAGAUUCUAGAAUUAUGUGCGGAAUACAAAGCUUACUGAUAUAUAGGGAAAGACAGAUUAGCCAAAAAAAUUGGGAUAUACCAUUCAGAAAACUUUCUCUUGCUCUCUAAGAAAACUAAUGUAUGGUGUUAAAUGUUUUUCUUGAAUUUCUGGCUCGACCUUCGCCGGGAACUCUGUAAUGAUAUUUUCAUUUGUUACACUAUGGGUUGGAGGAUUAUUUGUUUGUGCUAAAAGUAAUAUUAAGUGGAAAUUAGGGACUAGCAGGUUAAGUGUAUGAUAGGUUUGCCACCUUUCCCCCCGACGAACUUCGGGGAAGAUGGGGCCGCGAUGUAGCGGGGGGCGGGGCAGUAGAGACGGAACUGACAUCAGGAGCAGGCUAUGACAUGGCCGAUUGCCGCGUCAAUCUCCAGAAAUCUUGCCCAUUUUGACCUGAACAGCCCUUCAAAAAACCGGGUCAAAACCAGACAGGUGGCAACCCUAGGGUAUAACUUGUGCAAAGAGCUUCUUCUAGGAGACUUUUGGUACGUUCCUACUGUAUCCUUCAUAUUAUGUGGAAAUGAUCAAUGGAAUAGUCAUUGCUAUUCUCAAGAAUUAUUAUUUAAGAAUUCUAGAGCAUUCCCCAGCUCAGUUAAAUGAAACAUUUGCUGACUUUAGAAAUAAUUAUGGAUGCACCAAGACCUAAGGAGCCUAUUUAUCACAAGUCAAAAAUAUGUUGUUUUUUUCGCAAUUCAAGAAUAUCACGGCAUUAAAAAAAAUUAUAUCAAAUUUUUGGGAAUUUGAGUCUUCCAAAUUUACAGUUUUAAAUUAAAAAAAUCUUGAACAUUUUAAUGACGCAAAUAAUCAGCUAAAACCUGAUGAGCUUCUAUAGAAGUCAAUGCAUUUUUAACAUUGAAACCCAUUUUAUUCAAGUUUUUUUUUUUUUUUUUUUUAAAUAUUUAAAUGACCAAGUUUAAUUUGAAUUUUUUUCCCUUAUAUUUCUAAAUAACUUUGAAAAUAAAUCUGUCUCCCUGAACCAAAUCCAAGCCUUUAAAGCAGGAAUCCCCAACCUUUUGAACCCGUGAGCAACAUUCAGAAGUAAAAGGAGUUGGGGAGCAACACAUGCAUGAAAAAUGUUCUUGGGCUGCCAAAUAAGGGCUGUGAUUGGCCAUUUGGUAGCCCCAUUUGGAUUGUCAACCUACAUUGAGGCUCUGUUUGGCAGUACACCUGGUUUUUAUACAACCAAAAUUUGCCUGCAAGCCUGGAAUUCAAAAAUAAGCACCUGGCUUGAGGCCACUGGGAGCAACAUUCAAGUUGUUGGAGAGCAACAUGUUGCUCACGAGCUACUGGUUGGGGAUCACUGCUUUAAAGUAAUGUUAUUUGAAUGCUCUGGACAAUUAAAUGCUAUAAUUUUUUAAUGGUGUUCAAAAUGUACAGAAUUCUCAUAAAAUUUUAACAAUCAAUAUGCAAAUUAGGGUUUCGGAUUCUUUUUAGGUUUCGGCCAGAUCUUUUGUAGAGAACUUGGUAUUUGGCCGAAUCUAAAUAUUUGGAAUUUGGUGCAUCUCUAGAAAUAA